AUGAAGCACUGCAGUGAGCGCCACCUUCAGGCCACAGCCGGGAGGAAGCACUGCAGUGAGCGCCACCUUCAGGCCACAGCCGGGAUGAAGCACUGCAGUGAGCGCCACCUUCAGGCCACAGCCGGGAGGAAGCACUGCAGUGAGCGCCACCUUCAGGCCACAGCCGGGAUGAAGCACUGCAGUGAGCGCCACCUUCAGGCCACAGCCGGGAGGAAGCACUGCAGUGAGCGCCACCUUCAGGCCACAGCCGGGAGGAAGCACUGCAGUGAGCGCCACCUUCAGGCCACAGCCGGGAGGAAGCACUGCAGUGAGCGCCACCUUCAGGCCACAGCCGGGAGGAAGCACUGCAGUGAGCGCCACCUUCAGGCCACAGCCGGGAGGAAGCACUGCAGUGAGCGCCACCUUCAGGCCACAGCCGGGAGGAAGCACUGCAGUGAGCGCCACCUUCAGGCCACAGCCGGGAUGAAGCACUGCAGUGAGCGCCACCUUCAGGCCACAGCCGGGAGGAAGCACUGCAGUGAGCGCCACCUUCAGGCCACAGCCGGGAGGAAGCACUGCAGCCACAGCCGGGAUGAAGCACUGCAGUGA